AUGCUGACACGACAGCGAGCUCAUAACAGUGAGAGGCUAUUCACUUGCUCUGCGUGUGGGAAGAAAUUCAUGUGUUCAUCCAACCUGCUGGCACACCAACUUGAUCACUUUGAUGAGAAGCCUCUUCAAUGCUCUCACUCUGGGAAAAGCAUUAAAAUCUCUGAGGAACUGGUCCAACACCAGCGAGUUCACACUGAUGAGAGACCGUUCAGCUGCUCCCACUGUGGGAAGAGGUUCAGGCUGUCCUCCCGCCUCGCGGAGCACCAGCUCCUUCACACACACGAGAGGCCGUUCAGCUGUUCUCACUGUGGGCAGUCAUUCAGCGAGUCAGUGCAUCUCACUGAGCACCAGCAAGUUCACACCAAGGACAGGCCGUUCAGCUGCUCCCAGUGUGGGAAGGCAUUCACUCAGUUUUCAAGCUACACUAAGCACCAACUGGUUCACUCAGAUGAGAGACCUUUUAAAUGCUCCGAAUGUGAGAAAACCUUUAAAAGAAGUAUUGAUCUGCUGAGACACCAGUGCAUUCACACUGGGGAGAGGCCGUUCCCCUGCUUUAUGUGUGGAAAGAGAUUCACUCAUUCUUUCCACCUUCUGACACACAAGCGUGGUCACACUGGGGAGAGACCAUUCAUCUGCUCCGUGUGUGGAAAGAGUUUCAUUCGGUCAUCCAGCCUUCUGAUACACCAACGGGUUCACACCGGAGAGAGACCGUUCACCUGCUCCAUAUGUGGCAAGGGAUUUACUCGUUCAAACCAACUUCUGAUACAUAAGCGAGUUCAUACUGGAGAGAGACCGUUCACCUGCUCCAUGUGUGGGAAGAGAUUCACUCAGUCAGCCAACUUGUGGACACAUCAGCGGGUUCACACUGGGGAGAGGCCGUUCAUCUGCUCCGUGUGUGGCAAGAGUUUCUCUCGUUUGUCCUACUUUGAGAUACAUGAGCGAGUUCACACCGGUGUGAAGCCGUUCACCUGCUCCACGUGUGGGAAGAGAUUCGCUCAUUCAUCCCAUCUGGUGAGACACCAGCGCAGUCACACUGGAGAGAGGCCAUUCACCUGCUCUGUGUGUGGGAAGGGAUUUACUUGUUCAUCUUAUCUGGUGAGACACCAGCACAUUCACACUAGGGAAACGCUCUUCACCUGCUCCUUGUGUGGAAAAGGAUUCACUGAUUCAACCCAACAGCUGAGACACCACCGCAUUCAUAUGGGGUUGAGGCCAUUCUUCUGUUCAGUGUUGAAGAUCAUUGCAAAGAUCCUCCUCAAUUGCGUCCUCCCAAUGGCUGAAGAGCUCCUUCCAGAAUCGCAGUGCAGUUUUCCCCCAUCGAAAGGCUUCACCUUCACUGCAGGGGAAACCCAAGAAAUUGCAAGGAACUGCACCAACUGCUUUUUCAAACUGACUCCAGCUCAUUGUCCUUCACUAAAGACCCGGAUGGAAAACCCUCAGCACAAGAUGGCGGCGGCCGGUUGCCCGGGUAACCCGGCCAUGACACUUUAUGGGGUGUUAGAAGCGAAGGAUUUGUAG